AUGGUAAGACAUUCACCAAUAGUUGUUUGCUGCAUUUGUGAUCAUGAAUACAGAAUGAAACCUAUUGCUAUCCAUGACCAACAAUGUCAAAAGUGGCACAAUGAAAAUAACUGUUGCCCAAAGAACUAAGAUCAGAACCUAACAAAAACAGAUGCCAGGACCAAUACUACCAAACGCUUUUAUGACCUCGAUGCCUUACAUGAAGCUGCUUGGACAACUGCCCAGAGCCAGCUGAUUUUCUGCAAUGUUUGUGGGCAUACCUUCCUCAGACUGAGUAUUCACCAAAGGUCUUGCAAACCCAAAGCCACCAAGUAA